GUGUGUGUGUGUGUGUGUGUGUGCGCGCGCACGCUCUCCUGCUAGCGCCCCGACGACAACCGAUUUCCUUUCUCUUGUCUGUCCCCGAAACUUUCAGCGUCCGGUUACACGACACAGUCGCUCGCGACACUCGGGAUGUCUUCUUCCGCCAGCACCGACACGUCCGAGCAGGACUCCCCGAGCCCCAGUGACGAGCACAGCGGCCCGGCUAAGCCCGAGGGCCUGCGCGCUCCGGACCACGAACCGGAACAGUGCGUUCACAUGGACGACCAGGGCGAGCUCCAGUCCGGGGAGAACGCGUGUAACGGGCUGGAGGACAAGCGCAUGGACACGCAGUCCGCACACAAAGGCGUCGGGAACACGCAGAGCUCCACACACGUGACGGGGGAGCUGAGACAAGAACAAAGGGAGGACGAGAACGUGUCCUCACCGCUACACUGCGCCGGCACCAAGACUGAACACAAACCGGGCCACGAAAUCAAGCGCAGGCCCAGUGUGGAGAUCUCCUCCUCUGAUGGGGAACCGCUCAGUCGCAUUGACUCUGAGGACAGUAUCAGCAGCACCCUGAUGGACAUGGAGAGCACAGCAUCCAGUGGACGCUCCACACCAGCCAUGAUGAACGGCCACGGAGGGGCAGCUUCAGCAUCUACCAAAGGUUCCUCCUCCUACCCCUGCUGCUGGGAUCAGUGUCCUCUACUGUUCACCAGCAGCCCGGACCUGGCCGAACACAUACGCUCGGUCCACGUGGAUGGUCAGCGUGGAGGGGUGUUUGUGUGUCUGUGGAAGGGCUGUAAGGUGUACAACACGCCUUCCACUAGCCAGAGCUGGCUCCAGAGACACAUGUUGUCCCACAGUGGAGAUAAACCUUUUAAGUGUGUUGUGGGCGGCUGCAACGCCACCUUCGCCUCUCAGGGAGGACUGGCACGUCAUGUUCCCACCCACUUCAGCUCCCAGAACUCAUCCAAGCUUUCGAGCCAGGCCAAGCUAAAGGAAGAGUCACCUUCCAAAGCGGGCAUCAGCAAACGCAGGAAGCUGAAGAACAAAAGCAGGAGGUCAUUACCUCGGCCGCAUGACUUCUUUGACGCACAAACCAUGGACGCCAUCCGACACCGUGCCAUCUGUCUAAAUCUGGCAACCCACAUUGAGAGCCAGGGCAAGGGCCACAGUGUGGUGUUUCACAGCACGGUGAUUGCGAGACGGAAAGAGGAUUCAGGGAAGGUGAAAGUGCUGCUCCACUGGACCCCAGAGGACAUACUGCCGGACGCGUGGGUGAGCGAGAGCGACCGACCGCAGAUGAAAACCAAAGUGGUUCAUCUGUCACAGCUUCCUCAGGAUACAGCCGUGUUGCUGGACCCCAACAUCUACAGGAUGUUCUUCUAGGAGCUGGGGCAUAUCGUGGCCUGCUGAUGUCUCCAAACUCAAGUGGACUUGUGGCUCUGUAGACGCAGGACUUUACAUUCUGAUUACUGUUUUUUUUUUUAAAUGCUCCAAUUUUAAUCGCGUUUUCGAUCUAUGAAGAGGAAGAACUUGCACAACAUCGGACUCUGACUGGUGCUAGACUUUGAAACGCAUCUUUUUUAUUUUUUUUUAUUUCUCUAUACCACUAUAAAGUUCCAGUUGGCUCCCUCUCCCUUGGUCCACAGCUUUCCUCACUAGCUUUAUUAGAAACCCUAUUAGAUGUAUUUGUUGAGAAAGUGCCCAUGUAAAUACGCCUGGAGAUUUGUAAUAUAUUUUUGUACUGAAGAAUUUUACUGUACUGUAGAUACCUGUAAUAUUCCACAGCCUUCAGUAAAUAUUACUGCACAGAGAUAGAACCAGGAUAGGUCUUUUGCUCAGAAUCCACCGACAGUUCCAGCAGGUUUUUAGUCAAGCACUAGAUGUAGUGACCCCUUUCUCACUGCGAUGUUUGUCGAGUACACACUGCUCUAGUGGGCUUGACAGUAGACCAGAACGAUGUUCAUGUUAACCUGUGCACUCUUUGACAGAGACCUUACUCGAGUUAGAUAUGAGCCAAGGACCCUAAAGUCAUCUCAAAGAAAUGGUGCUACAGUAAACACUAGCAUUUUAGACUUGUAUAGAGGAGAUUUUUUUUGUUUUUUUGAUGAAUGGUUGUGCUCCGGAUUCUGCGGAGUCACUCAAGCCAAUGUACUGCUGGAUCCUAAAUCUGUCUUUGUAGUAAAAAACUGAAAACAG